AUGUCCUCCGCCGUCGUCCAUGGUGACGAUCUCGACAUGGAGCCUUCGCUCCAGUCGAUCCUCAACCAGAACACCCUCCGCUGGAUCUUUGUCGGAGGUAAAGGAGGUGUCGGUAAGACCACCACCUCGUGCUCGCUCGCCAUCCAGCUCGCCAAAGUCCGCAAAUCCGUCCUCCUCAUCUCUACCGACCCGGCACACAAUCUGAGCGAUGCUUUUGGCCAGAAGUUCGGAAAGGAGGCCCGCCUCAUCGACGGUUAUGACAACCUCAGCGCCAUGGAGAUCGACCCAAACGGCAGCAUCCAGGAUCUUCUGGCCAACGGUGAGGGGCAGGGUGACGACCCCAUGGCGGGUCUGGGUAUGGGUAACAUGAUGCAAGAUUUGGCAUUCAGUAUUCCCGGUGUUGACGAAGCCAUGUCCUUCGCCGAAGUCCUUAAGCAAGUCAAGUCGCUCUCCUACGAGGUUAUCGUGUUUGAUACCGCCCCGACCGGACACACUCUGCGAUUCCUCCAGUUCCCCACUGUGCUUGAGAAGGCGCUGGCCAAGCUCUCGCAGCUCUCGUCGCAAUUCGGCCCGAUGCUGAACUCGAUUCUCGGCGCGCGGGGCGGCCUGCCGGGUGGACAGAAUAUGGAUGAGCUGCUACAGAAGAUGGAGUCUCUGCGUGAGACUAUUAGUGAGGUCAACACGCAGUUCAAGAACCCGGACAUGACCACCUUCGUGUGCGUCUGCAUUGCGGAGUUCCUGUCGUUGUACGAGACCGAGCGCAUGAUCCAGGAAUUGACCAGCUACAACAUCGACACCCACUCGAUUGUCGUCAACCAGCUGCUGUUCCCCAAGGAUGGAAGCAACUGCGACCAGUGCAAUGCCCGUCGGAAGAUGCAGAAGAAGUAUCUGGAGCAGAUCGAGGAGCUCUAUGAGGACUUCAACGUGGUUCGCAUGCCACUGUUGGUCGAGGAGGUCCGCGGCAAGGAAAAAUUAGAAAAGUUCAGCGACAUGCUUGUGCACCCUUACGUUCCCCCACAGUGA